CCAAAAUAACAAACCAGAACAAACAAACAAACAAAAAUAUGACGUGUCACAAUAUCUUCCUUGUAAUCUCUCCGAUUCUCGCGGUCUCACUGGUCAACGCAGUAGAAUUCUCGGUAGUGGACAACACCGGCGAUUCCGCCGGCGGAAGAAGAUUCCGGGGAGAAAUCGGCGGCGUAAGCUAUGGCACACAGUCACUUCAGUCUGCGACCGACUUCGUCUGGCGUUUGUUCCAGCAAACCAACAACCCUUCGGACAGAAGACCCGUUACAAAGAUCACACUGAUUAUGGAAAACGGGAACGGUGUCGCGUACAACACGAAUUCAGGAUCCGAGAUACACUUCAACGCGGGAUAUCUCGCGGGUGUCUCGGGAGAUGUAAGGAGGGAAUUUACCGGCGUGGUUUAUCACGAGGUGGUCCAUUCUUGGCAGUGGAACGGUCCGGGUGGGCUUAUCGAGGGUAUAGCAGACUACAUGAGGCUUAAAGCCGGUUACGCCCCGGGUCACUGGGUAGGGCCCGGUGGUGGUGAUAAGUGGGACCAGGGAUAUGACGUCACUGCGAGAUUCUUGGAUUAUUGUAACGAUUUGAGGAAUGGGUUUGUGGCCGAGCUGAACAAGAAGAUGAAGAAUGGCUAUAGUGAUGGUUUCUUCGUUGAUUUGCUUGGGAAAGACGUGAAUCAACUUUGGAGAGAGUACAAGGCUAAGUAUGGUCAAUGAAUUCAAAAAAAUAUAAAAAUAAUCGAGGGAAUCAUCGUAUUUGAAAUAAAUAAACCGAAAUAAAACAGUCUUUGAAAUU